AUGCUUUCCAGAUGUACCAACAGAUCUACCUCCCCCAACACUGACACACCACCCCUACCUCACUCCGGAUCUACCUCCCCCAACACUGACCCAACACCCCUACCUCACUCCAGAUCUACCUCCCCCAACACUGACACACUACCCCUACCUCACUCCAGAUCUACCUCCCCCAACACUGACACACAACCCCUACCUCACUCCAGAUCUACCUCCCCCAACACUGACACAACACCCCUACCUCAAUCCAGAUCAAUCACCCCAACAACCACCCCCAACACUGACCUAACACCCCUACCUCAAUCCAGAUCUACCUCCCCCAACACUGACCAAACACCCCUACCUCACUCCAGAUCUACCUCCCCCAACACUGACACAACACCCCUACCUCAAUCCAGAUCAAUCACCCCAACAACCACCCCCAACACUGACCUAACACCCCUACCUCAAUCCAGAUCUACCUCCCCCAACACUGACCAAACACCCCUACCUCACUCCAGAUCUACCUCCCCCAACACUGACCCAACACCCCUACCUCAAUCCAGAUCAAUCACCCCAACAACCACCCCCAACACUGACCUAAAACCCCUACCUCAAUCCAGAUCUACCUCCCCCAACACUGACCAAACACCCCUACCUCACUCCAGAUCUAUCACCCCAACAACCACCCCCAACACUGACACAACACCCCUACCUCACUCCAGAUCUACCUCCCCAACACGGACACACUACCCCUACCUCACUCCAGAUCUACCUCCCCCAACACUGACCCAACACCCCUACCUCACUCCAGAUCUACCUCCCCCAACACUGACACACUACCCCUACCUCACUCCAGAUCUACCUCCCCCAACACUGACACACUACCCCUACGUCACUCCAGAUCUACCUCCCCCAACACUGACACACUACCCCUACCUCACUCCAGAUCUACCUCCCCCAACACUGACACACUACCCCUACCUCACUCCAGAUCUACCUCCCCCAACACUGACACACUACCCCUACCUCACUCCAGAUCUACCUCUUCCAACACUGACACACUACCCCUACCUCACUCCAGAUCUACCUCCCCCAACACUGACACACUACCCCUACCUCACUCCAGAUCUACCUCCCCCAACACUGUCCCAACACCCCUACCUCACUCCAGAUCUACCUCCCCCAACACUGACCCAACACCCCUACCUCACUCCAGAUCUACCUCCCCCAACACUGACACACUACCCCUACCUCACUCCAGAUCUACCUCCCCCAACACUGACACAACACCCCUACCUCACUCCAGAUCUACCUCCCCCAACACUGACACACUACCCCUACCUCAAUCCAGAUCUACCUCCCCCAACACUGACCCAUCACCCCUACCUCACUCCAGAUCUACCUCCCCCAACACUGACACACUACCCCUACCUCACUCCAGAUCUACCUCCCCCAACACUAACACACUACCCCUACCUCACUCCAGAUCUACCUCCCCCAACACUGACACACUACCCCUACCUCACUCCAGAUCUACCUCCCCCAACACUGACAAACUACCCCUACCUCACUCCAGAUCUACCUCCCCCAACACUGACCCAACACCCUUACCUCACUCCAGAUCUAUCACCCCAACAACCACUCCCAACACUCACACAACACCCCUACCUUAAUCCAGAUCUACCUCCCCCAACACUGACCCAACACCCCUACCUCACUCCAGAUCUACCUCCCCCAACACUGACCCAACACCCCUACCUCACUCCAGAUCUACCUCCCCCAACACUGACCCAACACCCCUACCUCACUCCAGAUCUACCUCAACCAACACUGACCCAACACCCCUACCUCACUCACGAUCUACCUCCCCCAACACUGACCCAACACCUCUACCUCACUCCAGAUCUAUCACCCCAACAACCACCCCCAACACUGACCCAAACACCCCUACCUCACUCCAGAUCUACCUCCCCCAACACUGACACAACACCCCUACCUCAAUCCAGAUCUACCUCCCCCAACAACCGCCCCCAACACUGA